AUGGCAAACCUUUACGACAUUAUUCAUGGUGCUGCCGGUCUCUGUCAACAGUACCGUUCCGCGUAUUCACUUCAACAAAUUCCAGAAGAGCCAUUAACAGUUUGUGACACUUACAUUGCCUCAAUAACUUUUUGUUCUCUAAUAGUGUUUACAUUCAUGAUCACAACUUGGAUAGCCUGGAAAGUACAAAUAGAAAAGAAAUCCAAAGUUCAACACGUGAAAAAAGUAAAAAUAAUUAAAUAUUUACAAAAUUCAGAAUCUAAAGAAGCAGCUAGAUUUAUACGAAUUGAACAACAUGGUAGUGUUAAUGAAAAGGUUGUUCUUGACGUGAAUUGUGAUUUGGAAAUGAAUAAAGUGGUGAAUGGUGAUGAUUGUAAGCAGGAUGGGUCAAUAUGUUAA